UUUCGUGGCCUUCAAAUAUUUAAGAAUACUUGUUGCAUUUAAAAAUUUUUUUGUAAUACUUAUUGUUAGGUGAACAUGGAUGUUAAACGAAAGCCAUAUUCUGACCAGAAGAGGUGGAUUACUAUUUACCCGGCCUAUAUUGACGCGAAGAAAAGCACUGGUGAAGGACGACGGAUUAGGAAAGACAAGGCCGUCGAGAGACCAACAUCUCAAGAGAUUUAUGAUAUUGUUAAUCACCUUGGGUUCAACUGUGUGUUAGAGAAAGACAAGAUGUACCCACGUGACACGGACCAGAAAGGCAGAGUACGAGUUCAGACCCGCAACGACGAUGGAACGUUCACCAAAAAUGAAUUUCAGACAAGGGCUCUUUUCCUUCAUUUGGCUGAAAUGAUUCCUAAAUUGAAGAGUCGACAAGGCGGCAGCACCCAAGAUCAGCAACAACAAAAUGCUGGGGGUGGAGGUGGCAAACAGAAGAAAAAGAAAUAA